CACCUAUCGCGAGGUUAUCAAAUUAGCCUCGUUAGUCAGGUAGCGGUCGGAGCUGGGUUCUGUACAGGCGUCUGACUGUUUUUUAUUCUACUAGAAGCAUCGCGACGACUUCACUUGGUUGAUUUAUUAGUUGUUUUUUCUCCCAGAGUGAAAGUAAACUCAGCGGACCUUGAGUUUGACGGUUCCCAAUGAUGAGUUAUGCUGAAAAGCCAGAGGACAUAACAAAAGAGGAGUGGAUGGACAAAUUAAACAAUGUUCACAUUCAGAGGGCGGACAUGAAUAGGCUCAUCAUGAAUUACUUGGUGACAGAGGGCUUCAAAGAGGCAGCGGAAAAGUUUCGGAUGGAGUCAGGAAUUGAGCCCAGUGUGGAUUUGGACUCCUUGGAUGAAAGAAUUAAGAUUAGAGAGAUGAUCCUGAAGGGACAGAUCCAAGAAGCUAUUGCGCUCAUCAACAGCCUACACCCAGAGUUACUGGACACAAACCGAUACUUGUAUUUCCAUCUGCAGCAGCAGCAUUUGAUUGAGCUAAUCAGGCUAAGAGAGACCGAGUCGGCCCUGGAGUUUGCUCAGACGCAGCUCGCAGAACAAGGGGAAGAGAGCCGAGAGUGUCUGACAGAGAUGGAGCGAACGCUCGCCCUUCUGGCCUUCGACAACCCUGAGGAGUCGCCCUUCGGAGACCUGCUGAACAUGAUGCAGCGGCAAAAGGUGUGGAGCGAAGUGAACCAAGCCGUACUGGACUAUGAAAAUAGGGAGUCGACCCCUAAACUGGCUAAACUCCUGAAGUUACUGCUGUGGGCUCAAAACGAGUUGGACCAGAAGAAGGUUAAAUAUCCUAAAAUGACGGACCUCAGCACCGGCGCCAUUGAGGACCCCAAGUGAACGUAAAAAAACGGUCGUCACCUACACGUCUACUUAAUUUAUGAUCCGUCAGCGACUGCGUUACAACCGGGUAACAUGUUAUGUACAGGUUUUUUUUUUUUUUUUCACGUCAUUUAUACUCAUCGUGCAAACGGUAGUUGCUGUAUUUGCAAAAUGACACAAAUGAUUCAGUUCAAAUACAGUUUCUGGGUUUUACAAAAUUCAAAUGGCUGUUUUGUAUAUUUUGUCUGUUGAAACCCUUUGAUGUUGAAUUUCCAGAACAGGCGUCAUUUUGCAGUGAGGAGGGUUGAUUGUGUGAAUGAAAGUGUUCAGCUCGAGCAGGUGGCUAGUUUUAAGAAUCCAUUAACAAAAUGUGAAUAUUUUUAAAAAAUGAACAGAUAGCAACACUUUAUUAUUGUAAUAUAGAUUUAAUUGAUGCUACAUUUUAUGGUUUUAUUUAUCUCAGUGUGUGAGAGUUUGCUAUAAAUCAGCUACACACUUUUCAAACCGUGAAAUUACAUGUACAUUUGCAGUAAAUUAUUCUGUAAAUUAAUUAUUUCUCAUGUUCAGAGACGGGUUGAAAUCAGAGAGGGUUUGUUUUGGCGGAGUUGAGUCUACUUGGCCUUUUCUGAGUGCUGCUGUGCUCCCAACAUACUCCAUGAGAUUAAAUUUGGUUUUUAUAUUUCAGGGUUUUGAUGUUGGUUUUGGAAAUCCCAGUGACUGAUGGAGGAUUUAUACGCUGCAGCAGAGAAAGGGCUGCUUUGAUCAAUAUUUAUAGCUAAAAAGUCUGUUUAAUCAAGACCUUCUUCAGACUAAAUCUGUUUACUGUCUUGGACUUUUAUUUGGUAAUUUAUUCUGCAAAGUUAAAUCUUAACAUGUGAUUUUAUGAGUGCAUUUUUUUUUCUGUUAGGAUUUUUCACUUUUUCUGCAUGUCUGUGUUUACUUUUUUCGGUGAAGAAAAAGGUACCUGUGCUUGUUUAUUUUAUUAGAUUUUAUAUUAAAGAAAAUAUCUUGCCACA